AUGAAAGCUUCACUCGUUUCAGUUUCAUCUGUCGCUCUUUUUUCAAGUUUAAAGGCUGCUGCUGCGGAAGCCCCAGGCUUUGUCGGUGUUCAGUUCAGUAAACGUUAUGGUAAAUCCAUCAGUGAUUCUAGUCUUGCAAAGGGUAACUUAGUCAAGAGAAGUUCCGGUACUGACGAAGUUGAAUUGAUCAACGAAUCCGUUUUCUACGCCAUCGACAUGGAAAUUGGUACUCCAAAACAAAGUGUUACUGUCUUAGUCGACACUGGUUCUUCCGAUUUCUGGGUUCCAAGUAGUACUAACCCAUACUGUGAAUCUAAGAGUGCUACUUCCACAAUUGCUUCAUCAGAUUUAAUUGAUUGUACUACAUAUGGUACCUUCAGCGUCUCAGAUUCUUCCUCUUUUGUGUACAACAACACAGAUUUUCAAACUCAAUACGCUGAUGGUUCUUCUGCUACUGGUUUCUGGGGUCAUGACGUUGUCGAUUUCGGUGGUCAAGAACUAUCCGACAUCUCAAUUGCCGUCGCUGAUCAAACUGACUCUUCAUUCGGGGUAUUAGGUAUCGGUUUAACUGGUUUAGAAUCAACUUACUCUGGUUCCGCUGCCGCUUCUUCCUCUACCGGUAGAUACCAAUACGAUAACUUCCCUAUCAGGUUAGUCCAAGAAAAUGUCAUUCAAGCUAACGCAUACUCAUUGUAUUUAGACCCAGCUACUGGCAGCUCAGGUACUAUCCUUUUCGGUGGUGUCGAUCACAACAAGUACUCUGGUGACUUAAAUACUAUCCCAUUGAUCAAUACUUUAGAAGCUAACGGUUACACCUCUCCUAUCAAGUUACAAGUUACACUAAACGGUUUAGGUGUCUCUGAUGGUAGUUCCACAAGCACUGUUACCACAACCCAAAUUCCUGCCUUAUUAGAUUCUGGUACUACUUUAACAUACUUACCAACAGCUAUGUUUGACUUACUUGCUGAACAAAUCGGUGCUACCUAUUCUUCUACUUCCAACGGUUAUGUCUUAUCAUGCGCCAACGUCGAUGAAGAUAGUAUGAUUGUAUAUGAUUUCGGUGGUUUCCAAAUCCAAACUCCAUUAGCUGGUUCCCUUUAUCAAUUAAGCGAUGACCAAUGUGAACUCGCAAUCGGUUCGACUUCCUCCUCCUAUGCAACAUUAGGUGAUCUUUUCUUAACUCACGCUUACGUUGUCUACGAUUUAGACAACAAAGAAAUCUCCAUGGCUCAAAUUAAUUACAAUGCCACUACCGAAGACAUUGAAAUCAUUUCCGAUUCUGUCCCAGGCGCUACUAAGGCUGCUGGAUACUACAAUACAUGGACUACUAGUGAGUCUAUUACCGCUGGUGGUAACAUUUUCACUCUAACUAAUGGUGUUGCUAAGGCUAUCGAAACAGCUGUACCUGACGUUUCCUAUCAAACAUCUAGUACCACCACAGUAUCCAGUUACAAUGAUGCUUCUGUUACCACAUCACCAACCUCAAGCACUACAACUGUCACAUCUUCUUCUGAGACACCUUCUUCCGACACAACUUCAUCAUCAACCUCAAGCACCACAACUGUCACACUUUCCUCCAGCGCAUACUCCUCACCAAUCUCGAGCGUUACAACUGUCACACUUUCUUCCGACGCAUCUUCAUCAUUCUUCACAUCCGAUGUUGUCACCAAGGUAAAUGUCACAUCCUCUCAAAAUUCUUCAUCUGUUCCAACAGUUUUAGCAUCUGCAACACUUUCUUCUAUUGCACCUUCAUCAUCCCUCACUUCUGAUAUUGUCACCAAGGUGAGCUCCACAUCCUCUCAAACUUCUUCUUCAUCUAUUGCAACAGUUUUAGCAUCUGCUAAUGGUGCCGCUCAAUUCGGUGCAUCCCACUUAUUAGCUCCUCUAUUCAUUUUCAUCUCCUCAAUUAUAUUCUGA